AUGGAGCUAGCUCCAAACACAAAAUCUGGACUCGAUUGGUCAGCGCAGUUUUUUGCCGCAGACGUCAGAUUAUCUAAACUUCAGUCCUCCUUUCAAAGACCAUGGCGUUGUUUGUCGCCAAAAAGUAUCGCUGCGAAGCACAAAGACCUCAUCCAUGAUGUUGCUUUUGACUUCUAUGGCCGCCGGAUCGCCACUUGUUCCACUGACCAGAGUGUGCAGGUUUGGGACCUAGGAGAAGAUGGCGAAUGGCACUGCACAUCAGCCUGGAAGCAUCACAGUGGCUCAGUGUGGAGGGUUACCUGGGCCCAUCCAGAGUUUGGUCAGGUGCUGGCUUCCUGUUCGUUUGACCGCACAGCUGUGGUCUGGGAGGAGAUUGUUGGUGAGUCCAAUCCAAAUGAGAAGGGCCAGAGCCAUUGGAUUAAGCGAGCAGCACUGGUGGACAGCAGAACCUCGGUCACAGAUGUGAAGUUUUCGCCACGACACCUUGGCCUCCAGCUUGCAACUUGUUCAGCUGACGGUGUGGUGCGUUUUUAUGAGGCUAGUGAUGUGACAAACCUAGCGACAUGGAGUGCACAGGAAGAGAUACAGACUAAGCUGAACUGUAGCUGCCUGUCGUGGAACCCAUCAAGGGUGCAUCCUCCCAUGAUUGCCGUAGGAAGUGACGAUUCCAGUCCCUCCAGUGGCGGCAAGGUCCAGAUAUAUGAAUACAAGGAGAACGAGAGGAAGAAGAAAUGGCACAAAACAGAUACGCUCAUGAGCAUCACCGAGGCUGUGCACGACUUGGCCUUUGCCCCCAACCUGGGUCGCUCCUACCAUGUCAUCGCCGUGGCAACUAAAGAUGUCCGCAUUUUGACCCUGAAACCUCUGAGACGCGAUGGCACCACAAUGGGAUCCAUUGGACUGGACAUCAAACAGCCAGCUCAACUAGAUCAUAACAACCAACAGGUAUGGCGAGUGAGUUGGAACGUAACGGGCACCAUCCUUGCCUCGUCAAGUGACGAUGGCCACGUCAGACUUUGGAAAGCAAACUACCUGGACAACUGGAAGUGUUUCCAGGAAUUGAAGGGGGACGGAACUGCCGUUCCGAUGUCAAUGCCCAAUUUCAAUCGAGAGCAGCAACAGCAGCAGCAGCAACAACACCAGCAGCAGCAGGCAGCAAGCAGUACCAGGCAGAACCCUGCCAACCAGGAAACCAUGUUUGACAGUCGAAUUGGAAGUACACUUACAGCUGGCGGACGGAAAGAACCUACAGUUUCCCGACGACAGACUGCCCCGAAUCCCCUGUCCUCCAAUGGCUACGAGAUCCCUCGCACCAGUCCUGGUCUUCACCAGAAGUACUACGGAACACCGUGACGCGCGCAACGCCGACCAUAGGUCCUGUAACAGCGCUGGAACGAAACCCCGAAUAAACCGGGUCGCGCCCGCGCUGGGAGAUGGUGCUGAUGUUGGGGCAAUCAAGAAGAAAAGACUGAGAGAACUGUCAGAAUUCCUGGUCACUAAGACUAAGAAUUGUUCAUAAUGUCCGUUGUAUUUUUGAUUGAGAAUUUUAUGUAACAAUCAUUGUGGCCUUGUAAUGUCAUAUGUUUUAAUCGUAACUGAAUUCUAUUCGCAAGCUCCCUUUCUAUGUUCAUCCUGGGAGGGAAUAAAAAACAUCCCAAACCUAACUCAAUUAUUCACAAUAAAACUCAACACUUAGUUGUCAUUAUACGGUUGCCUGAAAUCUUGGUUUAAAUUAACGGUAUUCAGAACAAGGGCAGAUCUAGGGGGCCAACGGGGGCCAUGCCCCCCCCAAAAAAAGCACCACAAAAUUCUAUUUUUGAACAAUAAUGGGAGGAAGGUAUUUCUUUCAUUUUCUCCUUUGCAAAUGCGUGAAAAAAUCCCCAAAAUACAGCCUCGUCCCUCAGAGAAACCAUAAAUUGUUUACGUGAACAAAACAAGACAAAAAACCCCACCAAUUUUGAGGCCCCCUAAAAAAUGAGUGUUGCCCUCAGCAAAAUCAGUUCUGGAUUCAUCCUCGGUUCAGCUCUCAAGUUGACUACACAAUGGGGCCAAUCCUUUCCAACAGUUGAAACAAACCUGCUGAAAUUAACCAAUCACUGAGAUUGUUUCACACCACUUAUGUGUGAGAAACAUUGACCAACCCUUUACUCCAUACUCUUUUACAAUUUUGAGUCGUUUGAUUUGCUUGCAAGAUGUUAUUUUAAAAUGGUUUAUAUUUUGCUUUCAGGCCUUUGUAGAAUGUUUCUUUCUCCUUUGAUUCAUCAUACCAGGGACCAUCGGGAAACUCAGGUGUAAACAUUGUUAACACGAUAAAACAAAAUUGCCCUGAAUUCGACAAAUCAGCUCAUGGGAAGGGACCAUCAGGGAAACAAUUUUGGCACGAUUUCAAUUACCAACAAUUUUGUACUAUAUAUAAAUCAAAUUGAUAAUAGCAUUUUGACGUUUCCUCGUUUUUACACGUAUGGAGCAUUUGUUGAUAUCGUAGUUGUCAGAGGACCCAGAACACAACCACUCGUCUCGUUACCGUCAUACACAUUCAUAGUCUGUUUUGCAAAAACACUAGGAUUUUGCAUAAUCAUGACGUCUGCAGAGUUCAAAGCUUUCACGAUCCGUUCUUGUAAAUGUUUGAUUUCCGUAUCUUGACAUUCAUGUAGGUUCAUCAACAAAUUUUGAGCUCAUAGAAUAGGCCUAUGCCAGUCUAUAAAAUACCGUGCAAUUCGGGACUGGUUUUACGAAUAAUCAGACGAUUUUGAGUCAGUUAUAUUUAGAGAGACGAUGAACAAUGCUCAUAAUGCUUUCUUCUACUUGCUACCUUUUUUAGUGUAGUACAAGUAAAUGUGCGUGGUGUGGAAAUUUUCUCCCAGACACACCCAAUCCAUCCCAGUUCCCAUCUCCCAAAAUGAAAUUAUCAAAUUUAAUGUUAAAUUGUCACAGUGAGUGGCAAAUCGCCUACAAAAAUUGCAUAAAUGGCGAGGCGCUCUGAGGAUCACGUUCACUCAAUUGACCUUUAUUUGCUAUUCCCAAACCAGGCGGUGGUUUGGUUAAUUUUGAUGUUUUUAACUGUUUUUUACUUGUUCAUGUUCAACCGAAGUGAAAAAGUUAUCUGGAAAAGUUGUUUUCGUCGCUGGCAAGGGAAGUUGUGGAAUUUACGUCGUUCGUGUGCCAUUAAUAAUAGUUUACAGUUUAUCAAAACAAUCAAAAUGUGUUAACAGCCUUACAAUUCUCUAUAAUUCAUUGUCCUGUCUAUAUAACAUGACAUUUUAAUUCCUUUGUUCGUAUGACAGUGACUUGGGAGUGAAACAUUAUUUACCUGUUGC